AUGUCAUCUCCGUACAUAUCAGUUCCCAUCGGUCUUGGCACCGAACCUAUUUCACCUCCCCUUUCUCCCCCCAACGAAUGCUCAAUCGGAAGCUCUUCUUACCACUAUGGCGUGAACGAGUCAGGUUUACCUCACGAGGGGUCAAAGGUUUCGGCGCAAGAUUAUUCGAUGGCAUCAAAAGUAGAGAUGGGAGGACGUAACUCGAAUUCGAAUUCAACUCCGAUAAACCGUUCAAAUAGGAAUCGAAUCAAAUUCUGCGAUAUCCCAGCUGAACUCCUGGAACUCAUCAAGGCCUCAGAGAUUCAGAAGAAUGGAAAGCUCUCCUUCUCCCAUUUGACUGCGAUCAUUGCGGCAGGAAAUUCGCCUGUGAGCUCCGAUACUACGGGUAAUACAAAGGAUAUAAACAGCAUUCCACCUACUACAUCAAUUUCGGUGGAUGUACUCACCGCAUCCCCCAACAAUGAUCGUGUGACAUUGGCUCCCGUUCGAGCACAAUCCGAAACAAAUGCUGAUAGCAAAGGUUCUAUAAAGAAUUCUGCGGAGAAGCGCCGCAGAAUCAGGAAAAAUCCUUAUCCCAAGAAAUCACCGUCGAGAUCUUCGCCAGGAAUAACAUUUCAUGUGGACAUCUUCACGCCGCUCAAAGAGAACCCCAAGGCACUAUUGUUCGGCGAUGACACGCCAUUGCCGCAAGAUUAUUCGUCACCUUCAUUUUUCUCCGACGACAUGUUUUCAUCCUCCGAAUCAACAUCGGAAGGAAAUUCGAAUUCCCGCCUUCGAACCUCCACCAGAAGACAACGAAUUAAGGGUAAGCCUAAGACCAAGAGAGCAAAAGGUCAUGUGUCCGAGCGUAAACGCAAGGGUAACAGUCUCGCAAGGGUGAUGGAGGAUCGAGGCCUCCUGGAAGCGACGUUGACACCCACCGCCACGAUCGGGGAGAACAAGCCAAUUCGCAUUCCACCUCCACCUCAGAUGCAAUUUGAUAAAUUGAUGGAAAACAUUGAAAAUUUAAAUCUGAGCACGGACAUGCUAGAUAGGACCACUCCGAAGAUUAAUUGGAAAGGUCAACCUCUGUCCAUCUCACACUUGCCGCAUUACAAUGCCUUGCACUCCAAGGAAGCUCAUGUCGCGUCAACGUUGCGCCUCACCCCCAUACAAUACCUGACAUCCAAAAAUACAUUGGUUUCAUCGGCUCGGAGGUAUAUUCAGAAAUCGCUACCGUUUCGAAAGAGCGAUGCGCAAAAGCUACUCCGGAUUGAUGUAAACAAAGCUAGUAAACUCUGGGAAUUUUUUAUGCAAGUUCAAUGGAUCUAA